AUGACGGACGUGGCUACAUUGCCCCACACAGAGGGGCGGCCCCCGCUUGAGCUUCCCAUUCACAGAAGAACUGUGGAAGAGGAUGUUGCGGUGCAGACUCCGCCCAACUCAUUGGAACAACUUGCAGCAGAAGCUUCUUUGGAGAAUCUGUCCCUUGACGAUCAGAUGGCUCGGCUUAACAUUUCGCUGGAGGAUGAGCCUGAAAUGCUAAAGGUUGUCCUCCGGCCAGUGCUAGGCUGCAAGAUUGGAAUGACGGUGAUGAGGUUUGCAGAAGGCUUCAUUGUGACAUCUAUCCACGACAAAGGCAUCGUGGCAAGUUGGAAUGCGGCCCACCCUGGGCAAUCAUUAGAGGAGCGCGAUCUCAUUGUACAAAUCAAUGGUUCUGGUGAAUACUUGCAGAUGCUACAUCACUUUCGAUGCGCACCAGUUCUUUUGAUGUUGAUCCACCGUCAGGAGAUCUCAGGGUUAGGUCACGGCAACUCCCGCAAGGAGCUCAGUUCGAACCCAGGUCCGGGAAGGAAAGCAAGGACAACUUCGUUUUGGUGCCUUGGCUUUGGCAACGGCCCGUCCAAAGCUGCUUUAGUCUUUCGCCUACAACGUUCAUCCCGGUCUGCCUGGUUUUUGCUGAAGUGCCUGUGA